AUUUGUCAAUCCUCAUACGGAUUACGAAGGUAAAGUUUCGUGCACUCUCUUGCCUAAUUAUUUCUCCUAGCAACCCCCUCGAAGAAAUCGUGUACAUCCCACCAAACUACAUACAGAGAGCGAAUUACCUGCCCUAAAACAGUCGAGCAAAAACCCUAAUAUUUUUCAUCUUCCAAGAAAUUCGAUGUCUGCAAUCCAUCAAAUCUUCACAAAUCUAAGCUCAAAGAAAAAUUAAACUCUUGAUUUCCCCAAAGUUGUUGAAAUGGAGGUUUUGAAGGAUUAUCCAUCAGAAAUUGAUAUUGGAUCUUCCAUGGAGUCGGUUCAGAAGGGAAUGGAAUUACAGAAGCAGCUUUUCCAUACUCAGAUCGAUCAACUGCGCAACAUCGUCGUCACUCAAUGCAAACUCACUGGUGUUAACCCUCUUUCUCAAGAAAUGGCAGCUGGUGCUCUCUCUAUAAAUAUUGGAAAAAGGCCUCGAGAUUUGUUAAAUCCGAAGGCUUUGCAAUAUAUGCAAGCAGUAUUUUCGAUGAAAGAUGCUAUCAGUAAAAAGGAAUCUCGGGAGAUUGGUGCUCUUUUUGGACUAACAGUUACGCAGGUGAGGGAGUAUUUUGCUAGUCAGCGGUCUAGAGUGAGGAAAUUGGUACGGUUAUCUAGAGAAAGAGCGAUUAGGGAAAAUGGUAACAAGGAACUACAAGAUAGUAUAUCUGCUGAUUCUGACCUUAUGCUGCCCAUAGAGACUACUCCGCUGAGCUCCGUUGGUCCUGAUGUUGAGGAAGCACCUUCUUGUUCAAACCAGGAUGAAGGUUUGCCAGGACUAGGCGAGUCUGAAAAAGAUUUUGUUGAAAAUAUUUUCAGCUCUAUGUGUAAAGAAGAAACCUUUUCUGGUCAGGUGAAAUUGAUGGAAUGGAUCUUGCAGAUAGAAAAUCCUACAGUCUUGUGCUGGUUUUUGAUGAAAGGUGGUGUCAUGAUUCUGGCUACUUGGUUGAGUCAAGCUGCUACGGAAGAGCAAACGAGUGUUAUUUCUGCUGUUCUCAAGGUUCUUUGUCAUUUGCCCUUGAAUAAAGCUCUCCCUGCUCACAUGUCAGCAAUACUCCAAGGUGUCAACAAAUUACGGUUCUACCGAGUACCAGAUAUCUCAAACAGGGCAAGAGUUCUCCUGUCAAAGUGGAGCAAAAUGUUUGUCAAAAGCCAAGCGUUAAAGAAAUCUAAUGGCAUUAGAGCUGCCACUGAGCAAGAUACAGACCUGACUCAAAGGUUUGGUGAACUUGUUGGAGAUUAUUCAUGGCAGUCUUCUGUUGAUGCUUCUGAUGACAUGUUAGUUACCUCAUAUCUGGGUCCAGAUGAUACCAGGAAAGUGGAAACUAUAGAAACAAUGAAGCUGCUCACAGCAUCUUCAGAUGAAUCUAAUAAGAAGCUCAUGUUGGGGACAUCGGCUGCUCAUAAUAAAGAACGCAGAAAGGUUCAGCUUGUUGAACAACCAGGCCAAAAAGCAGCUAGUAAUAGUCAGCCCAUAAAAGCAGUGGCUGCCAAUCAAAGGCGUCCUAUUACAGCUGAUGAAAUACAGAAGGCAAAAAUGCGUGCUCAAUUUAUGCAGAGCAGCAAAAGGAAAACCGAAGGUCCCAAGAAACCUUCUUUACUCACUAAUGAUUUGCUUUCAGCAUCAGAAGCUUAUCUUCGUCCCAAGCUUGAAGCGCAAAAAAAAGCAAGGUUGCUUCCCCCAAAGAGUAGUAUUAAACAGGUGGAAUUUGUUCCCGAACAGAAGCCAGCGUUUGACCAGAAAGAAUCUUUGCUAGAAAAGUGCCGGAGGGUUCAAAUCCCUUGGUUGGCACCCCCAGAAGUUCAUCACGUGGCAGAAAUUGGCAGUGGAGAAAGCAGCAAAGAAAUGGAGGUUCAGAGGAACCGAAUCCACCGGGAAAAGGAAACUACAUAUCGAACGCUUCAAGAUGUCCCACCAAACCCGAAGGAGCCAUGGGAUAUUGAGAUGGACUAUGAUGAUACCUUAACCCCAGAAAUCCCCAUUGAGCAGUUGCCUGACGCAGAUACGGCAGUUACUUCAGUUGAAAGUCAAAAUCCCACAGUUGCUCCAGUUGAUCCCUCCACCUCUUCACAGGCUGAGCCUGAUCUUGAGCUCCUAGCAGUUCUGCUUAAAAACCCAGAAUUAGUUUUUGCCCUGACUUCUGGUCAAGCCAGCGGGCUGUCAAGUGAGGAUACUGUGAAACUCCUUGACUUGCUUAAGUCGAAUGGAGGGGCAGCAUUGUUAAAUGGGCAAGCUGUUGAGAAGCCUGAGGAAGUGAAAGUUGAAGUUUCUCUUCCUUCGCCAACUCCUACUCCUACCAGGAAUGUUGAAGUCUCUCUUCCAUCUCCCACCCCACCUAGCAGAUUUGAAGUUUCUCUUCCCUCCCCGUCGCCUUCCACCAAUCCUGGUCCGAGUGGAUGGACAACAACAGAGGCUGCAAAGAAUCCGUUUUCCCGACGUGCUAUGGGAGUUCAGGAUACUAUGGCAGUCUUUCCAGUAGUUACAGCUGCUGUUGUUACUUCAGAUAGGCCUCAGAAUAACUGCGGCUUGCAGCCCCAGUUUCUGUCAACAGCAUCUGCUGUAAUCACAUCAUUGCCUCAGCACCAUCCUUCUCAAACUCUCAUACCCGAGUAUCAACCGACAUAUUUCCCCCCUGUCCUGAAUCAAAACCCACCAAUGCCUUCAUAUUCCCGGCCAUCACCUGCACUUUCACAGUCACAAAUGCAUGCACACGCACAUGCACAUUCACAUCCACAUCCACAUCCACAUCCACAUCCACAUCAUCUAACAGAGCAGUAUCUGAUUUCUGAAGGUAGUAACACGGGAGUGGUAAAAGCUAGGCAUGGUAGGCAUGGUUUGUCUCACACGCCUUUCUCUAAUCAUGUAAGUCAAAAUGUAUAUAAUCCGACUAUGGCGGGCAGUCAACUAGGCCCCGUACGGGAGAGGAAUGAUUACCACAUGGGUGGUCAUAAAGGAUAUGAAUCUUGGAGUCCAGAGAAUAGUCCUGGCCCAGCAAGGUACCCACCCGAGCAUCAUCAUGGCCACGGGUGGAGUUACCCUGAGCAAAGGGAAAGAUAUGGACCUCCUGAUAGGCUUAGUAGGAACCAAAAUUGGCGUGGUGGUGGUAGUGUUAAUCGGCGUUGGAAUAGUGGUGACCGGAGGCGAUAACGACUUUGUAUUGGCUUGUAUGGCUUUGUUAUUCUGUGCAUAGGUUGGCUAUUCUUGUUAUACCAAAGGUACCUGGAAAAGUUCGGAUGAGAGCAGAUUUUGUUUGACAGUUUAGAGUCAUGGACCCUCGACCACGGAUCCGAAAACACAUUUCUAAUAUGGCAAUUCCAUUUGAUUAGGAAGUCUUGAGACUUUUAACACAACCCGUUUCAUAUUCUUGUAGAGAAAGUGUGAUAUUCGACAUUUUUACGUAAAGAGACUGCUGAAUUUUGUGCAAUGAAAUAAUCAACUAAAUACAGUACAUCAAAAAAAAAAAAAAAAAAAAAAAAAGAAAAAGAAAGGGAAGUUAAACAAGCUGACCAAAGCCCAAUAUUUGUUUGAUGUUAAACAAGGAAAGCAAAAAGGAUGGACUUUCGUAUCAAA